AACAGUAUGUUCCUCUAGAUCUUCUGGUCUACAACAAAAUGGCCAACAAGAACCAAUCACAAAAGAGCCUGCCUUUUACCCAUAAUUCUGAGCGUUGGGGGAUGGGCACUAUUGUUACUGGAAGUGAAUGGCACAGAGUGCGAGCAAUGGAGGCAAACUGCACCAACCUGACGGAGAGGAUAUUACAUCUCACCCUGGAGAUCAUCUACCUGCUGACCGGGGAGGAUAACAUAGUUGUGAAGAAGACAUCAGGAGAUGGACAGAACUCCAUUAUGGUUCCUCUACUUUCCUUACUGGUUCCAGAAAGAAACAAUGAGCAGAAGAUUUUACAUGUCACCCAGAAGAUCCUUGACCUCCUAAUGGAAGAGAGCGAAAACUGGAGCAAAUUUAAUGUUAUUAUCAAAGAAGAGAUAAAAGAAGAAGAGGCUAUUGUGAUAAAAGAGUGGGAGUAUUUAGAAGGACACAAGGAUCUCUACAAGGAUGUCAUGAUGGAGGAUCAGCCGCCCCUCACAUCACCGGGUAAGAGGGGACUUUAUUGUAAAGGAGAGAGUAGUAUGGAGGGUACACCUAGAUCCCCCAUCAUCUGACUCAAUGAUUUGACCACCCU